AUGUUCGGCGCCACGGUAAACCCAUACGACGACCUCGUCACCAAGGCGACCGACGAGAACCUCGCGUCCGAGGACUGGGACGUCAACCUCCAGAUAUGCGACAAGGUGACCGAAGAGGCUUCAGCGGGUGCGCGCAAUGCCGUCGCAGCCCUGGUCAAGCGCCUCGCGCACCGCAACCCCAACGUGCAGGUCUACGCACUCGAGCUGGCCAACACGCUUGUCCAGAACUGUGGCAAACCCCUUCACGAGGAGCUGGCGAGCCGUACAUGGACGGGCGCGCUGACGCGCCUUGUCAACGACCGCGCCACAGUGCAGACCGUCCAGCGCAAGGCGCUGCGGUACAUCAAGGACUGGACCAAGCAGUUUGAGGAGUCUGGCGACCCAAACCUGGGUCUCAUGACCGAGCUCUACGACCAACUGCGUGAAAAGAACUUUACAUUCGACGACAGCGAGCCUGUUCCCGACGCCACGGCGGACGAUGAGACGCGCCGCCGUGCCGAGGAGGAGGAGCUCAUGCGCGUCAUUGAGCUCUCGAAGCAGGACAAGGGCCGUAACUGGAAUGCGUUUGAGCGCAAGGAUGGCUCGUCGUCGGGUGCUGGCUCCUCGGGCGCCGUUGCCGCUGUCCAGAAGCCUCUUCCGGGCCAGCCUCAGCAGCAACCCUCGUACCAGCAGCCCCAGCAGUCUCAACCGUCGUACCAGCAGGCUCAGCCCGCAUACCAGCAAGCCCAGCAGUCCCAGCCGGCGCCGGGUUACGGCGUCCCGCAGCAGACUGCCUCGCCCGUGCCGGAGAACGACCAACCCCUCGACAUCAACACCGCCACCCGUGUCCGUGCACUGUACAACUUUUCGUCUGAAGACGUGGGCGAGCUCAACUUUGAGCGCGGCGACGUGAUCAAGGUGCUCGACCGCGGCUUCAAGGAAUGGUGGCGUGGUGCCGCGCGCGGCAAGAUUGGAAUCUUCCCAGUCACCUAUGUCGAGCCGCUGCCCGAGCCGUCCCCUCGCGAGCUCCAAGAAGAGGCCCAGGAGGAGGCCCGCGUGUUUGCGUCGCUCGGCCUUGUCGACAAGCUCCUCCAGAUGCUCAGCAGCAUCGACACGGCCCGCGGCGACCGUCUUGACGACCGUCCCGAGCUCGAGGAGAUGUACCAGGCGUCCGUGUCGCUGCAGGGCCAGAUCAAUGCGCUCAUUAAAAAGUACUCGGACCAAAAGGCCGAGCUCGAGCACAUGAACGCAAACUUCCACCGCGCCAUGCGCCAGUACGAAGAGUUGAGGAGCGGCGUUCCUCAACAGGCCCCUCAGCCGGGCCAGCAGCCUCCAUACGCUGCCUACCCCCAGCAAGCGCCUGCUGCUGCCCAAGACCCGUACGCUCAGCAGCCUGCAGCCCACGACCCGUAUGCCCAGCCUCAGCAUCAGCCUACACAGGACGCAUACCCUCAGCACCAGCCUACGCAGGACCCGUAUGCUCAGCCUCAACCUCCCGCGCAGGACCCGUACGCCCAGCCCCAGCAGGCCGCGUACCAGCAACCCCCUGCUCAACACCAGCAGGCCCCUGCCCAGCAACCUGCCGCCGCUCCCUACGGCAACACAUGGCCUCAGCCUCAGCCACACGUAGCUCAGUCCCAGGCCACAGGCGACCAGCCCAACCCGAUGUACUACCAGCAGGGACCUAGCACCACGAGCAUCGGGUCCGCUCACGCGGUCGCAGGCCAGCGCCAGCCCUCUGGCGCUCCCUCCUUCCCUCCGGCCUCUCCCCCGCGCCACCCCACCGCCCCCGGUGCUGCCGGCGUCGGUGCAGGCCAGGACCCAGCUGCCGACCACGCUGCGGCCUGGGACGCAUACUACCGGUCACAGGGCCAGGUGCCGCCAGCGCCGCAGGCUGUGGCCGGCGCUCCCGUCACCGAGUCGCCGGGUGUCAUGCCCGCGGGCCAGCCCCAGGGCGGAUACUACCAGCAGCCAGCGUUCCAGCAACACCAGCAGAGUGGUGUAGACAACGUCGCCGCCGGCAUGGGACGGAUGAGUGUGGGACAGUAG